AUGCCAGUAAAUUUUGGGCUUAUGGCUACUCCAUUAACGACUGUGAAAGCUCCCAUUUUAGGGAAAAUUAGUGAUAAUAAUAUCCAGCCUGUUUCUAAAUUCUCCCGCAAUUCCAUCAACAUGUAUCCUCCAAGAACCCUGAAGGAAGCUUUCAUUUCUCUUGCAAACAAUCUCAUUGACCACGACACAGGUUGCAACAAUUGUUUCGAUAAUGCUUAUUCUUUGAUCCUUGAGCGGUGUUCCACACAAGAAUCUUUGUCGCAAAUCAAGCAAGUCCAUGCCCAUGUGUUGAAAUCUUGUUAUGUAGUAGACACAACGUUUUUAAGUACUAAGCUUGUGCUUGCUUAUGGGAAAUGUGGGUCUUCAUUGGAUGCUCAUAAAGUGUUUGACAAAAUGACUGAAAGAAGUAUUUUCACUUGGAAUGCUAUGAUUGGAUCUCAUAUGACAAAUGGAGAACAUAUUGAGGCCAUUAAGUUGUUUUUGAAUAUGAAUGCGCUAGGAGUUCAUGCUGAUGCUAGUACUUUUACUUCGAUUCUUAAGGCUUGUGGGGAGCUUGAAGAUCGUUGUUAUGGGGUUCAAGUUCAUGGAAUGGCUACAAAAUUGGGGUUUCUUUGUAACCUGUAUGUAAGCAACUCAUUGUUGGGAAUGUAUGUAAAAUGCAAUGAUUCAAGUUCAGCAAUGAUGUUGUUUGAGAUAAUGAGUGGGAAAACCGAUGUGGUUUCAUGGAAUUCGAUAAUUUCAUCUUAUUCUGCUUCUGGGAAGACUGUGGAAGCUUUGAGAUUGUUCAAAGAAAUGCAGAUAGCAGGGGUUGUGCCAAACACAUAUACUUUUGUUGCUGUUCUUCAAGCUUGUGAAGAGUCUUCAUAUCUGGUGUUUGGCAAGGAACUUCAUGCUUUCCUUUUGAAAUCUGACCUUUAUCUAGAUAUGUUUGUAGCCAAUGCACUGAUUGUUUUAUACACAAAAAGUGGUAAAAUGAAAGAAGCUGAAAGGAUUUUCAAUGCGAUGGAUAAAAAGGAUAGUGUUACUUGGAACUCUUUGUUAUCAGGAUAUGUUCAAAAUGGUCUUUAUGAUGAAGCUAUGGCUACAUUUCACAGAAAGCAGAUUAUGGGUCGAAAACCUGAUCAAUAUUCAAUUAUAAGCAUGAUAUCAACUGUUGGUCAUUUGGGGAACCUGUUGAAUGCUCUUGAAGUUCAUGCAUAUGCCAUGAAAAACAGGAUGGAUUCUGAUUUGCAUGUUUGUAACACACUUAUUGAUAUGUAUGCAAAGUGUUGCAAAAUGAACUAUGCAGAAUCCCUUUUCCAGAGAAUCCGUUUCAAAGAUAACAUUUCUUGGAAAACCAUCAUUUCAGGGUAUGCCCAGAAUGGAUAUCAUUCAAAGGCAUUAACUUUAUUUCGUGAAUCUCAAAUGAAAGGAAUUGAAAGUGAUUCCAUGUUGAUUGCAAGCAUUCUGCAAGCUUGUAGCGAGUUGAUGUGUGAUUCUGUUGUAAAAGAAAUCCAUGGUCAUAUGAUACAAAAAGGGUUAUAUGAUAUUGCCCUUGAGAAUACACUCGUUAAUCUAUAUGGAAAAUGUGGAUGCAUAGAUUAUGCCUCUCGUGUUUUUGAACUCAUUAAGGUAAAGAAUCUUGUUUCUUGGACAAUCAUGGUGAACAAUCUUGCACAAAAUGGACUUGCAGAUGAAGCUGUUGAUGUUUUUGUUUCCAUGAAAGAAACCGGAAUCGAACCUGAUUCCAUUGCAUUACUUAGCUUACUCUCUGCUGUUUCCGAUUUAUCCACACUAAAAAAAGGAAAAGAGAUUCAUGGGGUUUUAAUAAGAAAAGGUUUCAUUCUUCAGGGACCCAUUUCAAGUUCUCUUGUGGAUAUGUAUUCGGCUUGUGGAGCUUUAGAGGAUUCAUUUAAAGUGUUUGAUUCCAUUCCAACCAAAGAUUUAGUCAUGUGGACAAGCAUGAUCAAUGCAUAUGGAAUGCAUGGAAUGGGAAUGGAAUCGGUUCGAUUAUUUCACCAAAUGGUGGCUGAAAAAGUUUACCCUGAUCAUGUAAGCUUCUUGGCAAUUCUUUAUGCUUGUAGCCAUUCAUCAUUGGUUGAUGAAGGAAAAGCUUUUUUCAAAUCAAUGGUAGAUGAAUAUGCUUUAAAUCCAUGGCAAGAACACUAUACUUGUAUGGUUGAUCUUUUUGGUCGUGCAAACAACUUAAAAGAAGCAUUUAAGUUCAUUGAAAACAUGGAAAUGAAACCUAAUGUUGCCAUUUGGCGUUGUCUCAUUGGUGCAUGCAAGGUACAUAAUGACAUAGAAUUAGGAAACUUUGCAUCGAAAAAACUUCUUGAGUUGGAUUCAGAUAGUGUAAAGAAUCAUGUUCUCGUAUCAAAUUUCUAUGCUUUUUGUGGCCAAUGGGAUGAUGUUGGUGACAUAAGAAUGAAAAUGAGACAAAAGGGUUUUAAGAAAGAUCCUGGUUGUAGUUGGAUUGAGAUUUGGAACAAGAUUCAUGUUUUUACAGUGAGGGACAAAUCUCAUCCAGAAUCGGAUGAGAUUUAUGACAAAUUAGCUCAAAUUAAUGAUAUAUUAAAGAGGGAAGAGGGGUAUUUAGGGGAAAUGUUUAAUGGGCAUAGUGAAAGAUUGGCGAUUGCUUAUGGAUUGCUUAAAACAAGCAAAGGGAUGCCAAUUCGUGUCACAAAGAACCUUCGUGUUUGUGAUGAUUGCCAUGUUUUCAGCAAGCUUGUUUCAAAGUAUUUUGAACGAGAAAUUAUUGUUAGAGAUGCCAAUAGAUUCCAUCAUUUUGGAUCUGGAAUAUGCUCUUGUGGAGACUUUUGGUAA